AGCGUCUGCUCCAUAUAUUGAACAGAUAGAAACACUGCGCACUCCCAAAAUAGAUCUCAAACCAUUACGUCUGGAUAUACCUUUUCUUUCAAGUGUUACAAUAAACGCCUCUGUUCAAAAUAUUUCUGGAUUUCCACCAACAACGGAGGUAAAAUGGAGGAGAAAUGAAAUGGAUAUUAACAUUACAGAUUCCAGAUAUAGAGGAAGUACCUUUCAUCUAUCCAGUCCUAUUCUGAUUAUAAACAGAGUUGAUUUUUAUAACGAACACGAUUCCCACUAUGAUUGCAUAGCACGAAACUCAGUAGGAUGGGGAGCAAGUGAGAAAGCUCACAUAGCUGUGUAUGGAAGUCUCAAGUUUUUGGAGCUGUGCAAUGAGAGUCGGGAAUGUGAACCAGAUAAAAACCUUGCGUGUCGCUUUAGUACUUGCCUUUGUUCUGACUCCUACUAUCACGAAAAUUCUCUUUGUUAUGACCAAAGCAGGCUACAUGUUAAUAUACAAAGAGUAGAAAAAACUACAUGUAAAACAUCGGUUAAAUGGGAAAAACCACUAUACGACACUCAUCUUAUAUCUGGAUAUGUGAUCAAUUUGGAGGCCCAUAGAUCCGGCAGCUGGAUAAUAGAAGAGAUAAUACAUGUGGGAAAUGCAACCGAGUAUAGUACCCCAUGUAAACUACAACCGGGGCGUCUAUACAGGUUCAACAUUCAAUCCAAAGUUUCGCUUAGACAUCCCGCCGAAAAUAUCAGUGUUGAUACACAUUCAAAUGAUUUUAUAUUAGAGCCGUUGUCACCUGGCAAACUUGAUCGCGUGAAAAGCAAUUUUUCCUCACAACAUCUUUACCUAAAAUGGGAGAAACCUGCAGAUAACACCUUUCUGAGUCACUACCUUGUUGUCAUCAAUGGUCACGAACAACAAACGUUGGGUAACUAUCCGGAGGUCUACUGGAGGAAGGGUCUGGUGCCAGGAGCGAUGUACAACGUGACAAUUACAGCAGUCAGUCAUGGAGAUAUCAUGGGUGGACCAUGGCUCGGAACUGCUAAAAGUAAACCCUACAUAGACUGGAUUGAAGUAGAUCAAAUUAAAGGAGGAUACACACAUAUGCCUUACGGAGAAAGAGAUAAUGUUUUCCAUGGAGAUGAAGUCACCAGCCCCCGUCUUAGAUCUCCAGUGACAAUAAAUGCAAUGGAUGGAUCAAGUCGUGGAUUUAAUUACGUAAUUAUUGGCUCCAACGGUGUCAUAGGACUUGGAGAAGAGUUCAACUGGAUGCAAUCACAUAAUCUACACUCCUCAAUUCUGGAGGAUAAACAGAUUAUUUGUCCCUUUUGGACAGAUUUAUUAACAACGGAUAGAGCGAGUGGUAUCUACUAUAAUACAUAUCAGAGGGGAAUAGACGCCGAAAACACACUUUUCUUGAACAAAGCAAAUGAAAUGAUAAGGAUACAGUUCCCAGAUUUCCCUGACUUCGAGGCGACAUGGCUGGUCAAAGUGACUUGGGAAAACAUGACAUUAUUUGGAUACAAUUCACAGCUCGUGACAUUCCAAUGUCUCCUAAUUACGGAUGGAGUGAGCACUUUUACAGUCAUAAAUUACAUAGAUGUUAAUCUUAUACCAAUAAAAGGAAUGAAAAUUGUUGUCGGAUAUCGAUUCCAGAAAAUCUUUACCCAGAACGUUCUUUCCAACAAACUUGCUGCUUUUCAAAUGACUAAAUAUCCAGGAAAUAGAGGUAUUCAGGGAUUUUGGAUUUAUAAAAUGAGUACAGGGAUUCCGCUGAACAAGGAUGAGAAACUUUGCUAUGAUUGGUAUAUGAGAAACAAAGAAAUGGAUAUACGAAACCAGUUAAUUUUACGGACUCAAAUUCAGUGUCCAUGUGAUAGUCGUUUGCUUAGAUUUGAUCCUCGAUUCACUACUAUAAAUCGAUUCGACAGAAAAUAUCGAGUGCUUUGCUAUGCCUCUAUCAUUGUUGGCAGAAAUACAGAGUGCUGUUACAGACUUCAUCGAAGAAUAGAUAAUCUGAGUGUUCUUGAGCAAGCUGUUCCUGCGGUAGGAUCACUGUUACAGUAUAAUCCUUUUUUUGAACGUCAUCUUUACAUAAAAAAUGACCUUAAACCGAGAGAGGCGUGUAUUAAAUCAGGACGUGUUACAUGGUACUACGAGGUACGUCCUAUUCCAAGGUGCUAUUUGAGAUCACCAUUUCGACCAGGAAUCAACUCAGGUGACCCUCACAUCCGGACACUUGAUGGAAAAAUAUACACCUUUAAUGGCCACGGAGAAUAUGUGAUGAUGGAAAUAACAAAAGGUGGGACGAGAUUUGACUUCCAGGCAAGAACAGAACCGGCAACAACAUCGAAUGGAACUGUUAUCAAUGCUACAGUAUUCAGUGCUUUUGUGGCUCCAGACCAAACUGGAUCCAAAGUGCAAAUAGAUAUGUCGCAUGACAAGAAAGAUCUAAUAAUCAGAGGAAAUGGAAAUGACUUGACUACAAGAUUUCAAAACACAAAUUACACUUUCCUAACAAAAAAUUUAUCCAUUCGUUGGGAAAAUAAAUCCAUAUCUGCAUCUUUUUUCCAGUCCUCAAUUGUUCUAAAAGUCCGACUUGGAGUACGAUUUUUGAUUUCGGAGGUUGUGGUUGAUGAUACGUACAUGGGAUUUGUCAAGGGAUUGAUGGGUAACUUUGAUGGGAAUACUUCAAACGACUUCAUUCUCCCAAAUGGAACCAUUCUAAGUCAGAAUGCAACAAGAACAGAACGGGACAUUUUCUACAAUUUUGGACAGCAAUGGUCUGUCAAUGACAAAUCUGUAUUCUACUACGAUGAGGGUCUAAGUCAUAAGAAUUUUUCACAUCCGGAAUUUGAACCUUUAUUCAUGGAUGAAGUAAACGAAGAACGGCUUAAUUCGGCUAGAGAAAUGUGUGGAUCCAAUUCCUCUCAAGCCUGUAUUUUUGACUUCCUUGCAACAGGAGAUAUAAGUAUAGCCAUGUCAUCUGCCGAUGAAGAAGCUAAAUCUAUAAAAGACAUCGCCAUUAUAGAAAAUGAAACCCCAAGAAUAUCGGGAAAUACGACAAUAAAUGCUGAAGUUAACAGCAAAGUUACGUUAAGAUUUAACGCAUCUGAUGACGGCAAAGAAAGACCAGUGUUUAAAAUCUUAAAACAACCAGAGGGAUUUAGCCUCAACACAACAACUGGAGUAGCAACAUGGACUCCUCUGAACAUAAAUGUAUCCGAAAUAAGUGUUAGUGUUGUUGAUGAAAUGGGGGCCGAAUCACCAUCUCUAGAUGUUACAAUUAUACUGUGUAGCGGAUGCAGUAAUAGGGGCCAAUGUGACUAUGAAAAUGUCUUAACAACAGAAAAUGCUCUCAGUUAUAAGGCUGAUUGUAUUUGCAACAUCGGUUAUUCAGGUGAGAAUUGUGAACAAGACAUAGAUGCUUGUGUUCAGAGUCCAUGCUCUCUAGAUAGAAAUUGUACCGACCUUACUCCUGCUGAAGAGGUCAUGAUGGGUCGAGGAUACAACUGCUCAGAGUGCCCACCUGGCUUUGUGGAUGUUGAUACUAAAUGCGCAGAUGUUGAUGAGUGUGCAUCUGUUUUCUCCAACUCCUGUAAUGCUUCUACCGAGAUAUGCGAAAAUACAGAGGGAAGCUAUAUCUGUAAUUGUUUUAGUGGUUAUAGAAAAGUGAACAACAUUUGUCAAGAAAUUGAUGAGUGUUUUGAGGGCACUGCAGACUGUGAACAAAUAUGUCAAAAUACACAGGGGUCGUUUUUUUGUGAUUGCCACUUGGGAUUUAAUUUAAAUUUAGACAAAACGUCGUGCAUGAAAUCAGAACAAAACUUCUGUGAAAACUUUGAUAUGUGUGAAUACUCUUGUGGAAAUAUUACUGGAACAUUACAGUGUGUAUGUCCGCUAGGGUACCAAUUGGCAUCUAACGGCAUAAACUGUAAAGAUGUUAAUGAAUGCGAACUUGCAACUACAGCAUGUGCUCAAGAUUGUAUCAACACUAAAGGAUCAUUUAAUUGCUCUUGUCGACCUGGAUAUUUCUUAAAUGAGGAUAAAACAUCAUGUUCAGAGUGUGAGAUUCCUCAUUAUGGAGAAAACUGUAGCAAACUAUGUGAGUGUGGUUCUGGUGGAGACAAGUGUGAUCCUGUCAGUGGGUGUGUCUGUCUGUCAGGAUGGACAGGUGUGAAAUGUGACGAAGACAUAGAUGAAUGCUCAGUAGACCCAUUUAUAUGUGGUUCUGACCGAAUAUGCCAGAAUCUGGAAGGUUCAUAUUCGUGCAUGUGUGGGGAUGGUUUUGAUAUAAACGAUGGUAAAUGUGAAGAUAUUGACGAGUGUGCUGACGAGGGCUUAAAUGAUUGCCCGGAAUUAACAACAUUUUGCCGCAAUACAAUUGGUAAUUACACAUGUGAAUGUCAAAGUGGAUUUCAACUUAUAAACGACGAAUGUGAAGAUAUAAAUGAAUGUGAUUCCGGACGACACAGCUGUUCCCAACUGUGUAUCAAUGUACAUGGUGAUUAUAAUUGCGCAUGUUAUCCUGGAUUCAACCUUCAAAACGAUCGGAAAUCGUGUGAAAAAGUUAAGGACACCUGUUCCCUAUCUCCGGGGAUAGACUGUAGUUACGGUUGCAUCCAAAAUGUACAUGACCCAGGGGAAACUAUUUGUUUCUGUGAACACGGCUACAAACUUGAUAGUGACAGGAAAACGUGCAUUGACAUUGAUGAGUGCCAAAAUAAUACAACUUGUGAGCAGAACUGCACAAAUACGGUAGGGUCCUUUGAAUGUGGAUGUGAAAUUGGAUAUGAGCUUCAAAAUGAUGGAAUAUCAUGCAAAGCAUGCAAUGGUUAUUUCUAUGGUAAGGAAUGCAACACCCCAUGCAGAUGUGGGCGGGGAUCCACUGCUUGUCAUCACAUCAGCGGUUGUGUCUGUGAACCUGGAUGGACAGGAGAAACUUGUGAAACAGAUAUUGACGAAUGUAAACUGAAUCCAUGCAUUGGUGAACAUGAGCUAUGUCUCAACACCCCAGGGUCAUACCGAUGCGAUUGUGUUACUGGUUUUAACAACUCAAACGGAAGUUGUAUAGACAUUAAUGAAUGCCAGAGUCCAACAUCGUGCCAACAGAUUUGUACAAAUACACAGGGAAGUUACCAAUGCGACUGUAAUACUGGCUUUAAUCUAUCGAACGAAAAAUACUGCAUAGAUAUAAAUGAAUGCAUCGAUGCAAGAUGUCAGGAUUGCAAUAACUGGCCUGGAGGUUUCGAAUGUUUGUGUGACCAGGGAUACAAAGUCAACACAACAACACAUAAAGAGUGUCAGAAUAUUGAUGAAUGUGCUGAUGGGAGUAACCAAUGCUCUUCUGAUGCUAUAUGCACAGAUUCGAUAGGAAGUUAUUUGUGUGAAUGUCCCCGAGGAUUUAAAGGAAAUGGAUUCACAUGCCAAGCUUGCCAGAACUUCACUUUUGGUGACCAGUGCUCCCAAGCAUGCACAUGUAUAACUAACCAAACAGAGUAUUGCAAUGCCUCUUCGGGUUUCUGUCAGUGUAUCACAGGAUGGGAAGGGAGCGAUUGUUCAAAGGAUGUGGAUGAAUGUCAGGACAACAUAACUCAGUGUGAUCAAGAGUUACAACAAGCAUGUGUCAAUACACCUGGCUCCUCCCACUGUGAAUGUCGAUUUGGAGGAUUAAACCUUGACAACUGUGUUUAUCCAGAAUCAACUUACAGAACAAAUCAAACAGAAAUGAAAGUCAAAGUUGAGAUAGAGUUUGCCAGCAAUAUUAGCCGUCUGGAAUUCCUUCUAACAAGCCAGAAAUUACGAUACCAAUUCCAAGUAGCCCUGGAAAAUUAUUACAAGCAAGAAAAUGUAAGCGGGUUUCUUGUUCUGAAAGUCUUAUCGAUUCGAUUCGGAAGUUUGAUUGUUGACUUUGAAAUUAUUGGAAAUAAGAGUGAAUCAGGCGGAUUUAAAAGCGACCUUGCAUCUGGCAUGACUAAACUGUUAAGUGGAGACAGAAAGCUCAUUGUAUUGAAUCAAACACAAGCUAUCAUACAAAUCAUGAUAAAAGAUCUAAGUGGCACACCAAUUACAUAUAUUUCGUCUAAAGCCAAACCAUGUUUUGUGUUUGAAAGUUUUGGCGGCAGCUGUGUAUAUGGUGAAACAUGUGACGACUCUUCUGGGGAAGCAACUUGUGUGAAUAAUUCAGCAAACGAAAACUCACUGAUUCUACUUAUCCUGAUUGGAGUAAGUUGUGGAUCCCUAUGUAUCAUAAUACUUGCAUCAUGUGUGUGCUGGAAAUGCCAAAAGAAGUAUCAGAAGUAUCAAACAAAAAUAAUUGACAUAUCGGAAACAAACGUGAAAUACAGGGAGUCGUCUAAUUUGACGAGCGGAAAGAAAUAUAAACUUCCAGAGAGAAAGGGCGUAAAACCGGCAUGGGAACUGGCAGAUGUGGAAUCAAUCUGAAUGAAAAUAAAAUACUGAGGAAAAGACCUACAGAUGAUACGUGUAUCAAAUAAUAUUCAAUUAAUAUAAAAAGUGCGAAUCUUUAUAAGGAUAUACGGAAAAUGUAUCUGUUCAUUGGAAAACUUUUUGUGUACAAAGUCUUACGAUGAUUUUAUUUUUAUGUUUGCAGAUUUAAUUUGUUACGGAUUAUUUUAUGAAGAUUUGGCUAUUUGAUUUGUUACAUGACUUCGGUCUUGUUAGAAUAUUAAUGUUUUUACUUUUUGAUUUGCACUUAAAUUUGCUUUACAUGUUUAAAUAUUAAUCCAAUAUUUUAUUUCUUUAGUAUCUCUAAAUUAACUUUUGAAAGUAAUAUGCAUAUAUUUAAUAAAAAAAAAUAUAUUCUAGAGAUUAAAUCAGCGAAUCCGAUGGUGAAAUAUAUAUUUUGCACAUCAAACUAAAGACUUUAGAGUUGUUUAUUAAAUGAUCAGGAAUUCUGGUGCUCUCUGUUCGUGAGAUGUACCUCAGAGUGAGUUCACCUCAUAUGUCGUUCUGGGGGGUUUAUUCGGCUUUUACCUCUUGACCAACCAUAGAUUUGCUUAUAGUUUUUUUCGACCAAUCAGAUUGUUCGUUUCAAAGCUUGUGUCGGUGUGAAUGUACACAUGUCAGACGCCAGUUCCAAGGAGAUUAAACGCUUUUGAAAGUAGAUGGUUGAGUAUUGAUUGUUCAAUAAUAUUGUUUUCCAUUUUUAUUUACUAGCUGUUAAGCUGUUAAAGUAUAACAAAAUGUGAAAAGUGUUGUUACACUUUGCAUUUUAUUAUGAGUGUUUAUAAUUGAUGGAGACAAGAACGAAAUUGUCAAAAAGUGUUGUAAAAUUCCAAAUCAUUUAAUAAAACGGUUUUUGAAUUUUGAAUUCGGUCUACUCGUGACUAUACGGAAGACCUCGGUCAAUCAAUACCUGACCAGUCACGAGUAGACCUCAUCAAAGUCAAUAAUUGUAUAAUA